AUGUACACUGAAUUGAUCAUAUUUUUAAAAAAUAUUGAUAGUGAAAUGAAAGAAAAAGAUGCUAAUAUUUUUAAAUUGCAUUAUAAAAGAAAUAGAUAUAUUUAUGAAAUGUUAAAAGAUAGAUCCUUAGAUAAAGAUACUUAUAAAAAAUUGAUAAAGUAUAACUUGGCUGAUGCAACUUUAAUCAAUUUUUGGAAUACUCCUGGAUAUGAAAAACUAUGUUGUAUAAGAUGUAUACAAACACUAGAUCAUAAAAAUAGUACAGUUUGUAAGUGUAGGGUGCCUAUAGAAAAGGAAUGUGAAAAAUUUUAUUGUGCCAAUUGUAAUUGUGAAGGAUGUGGAAGUUAUUAA